UCGAGUUAUUUGAUUUUCGAAAAAGGUUAUUCCAUUCUCACCGUUUGACGUUGGAAAUAUAAGUUAGUGGCAGGUGAAGGGCGACAAACGGUGAAGGAAGGUAAGUGAGGACAAGGUCUGGUCUCUCGGAGAUAAGCCACAACGCGCUAAUUAACCCCGCCCAAAAGGCUUUUGGCGCGUCAACUUCUUGAGCUUCAACCGUACGUACAUAGAUGGAUAAUUCCAGACCUUGACACUCCUCAAUCCAGCACUCGCACAAAAAACCAAACACUCCAAAACGCCGCAAAUGGCACAAGAUAACGAUGCCCCCAACGCUGCUCCUACCAGUCCAGACAAAGAUGUAGACACUUCCAUGCCCGACGCCGCAACCCCCCAACCCGCAUCCAAACCCGAAAAACCAGCCCACAUCCUCCACCAAACAACCUUCCGCAAACAAACCUGGUCCUAUCUCCAUCUAACCCUCACAUCGCCCUCCUUCCCCUCCUCAACCUCAUCAACCUCAACCCUACAACCCGACAUUUCCCCCCUCCUCAUAUCCCCGCUCCUCACAUCCGCCUUGCGCACAUAUCUAGGCACAAUGGGCGCAGCGAUACCUGUUGAUAUACUCAAGACGGCAGGGAGUGAGGUGUGGAUACGGGUGCCGAGGCAGGAUGUGCGAGGUGUAAGGGCUGCGUUGGGGAGUUGGGUUGGGAGGGUUGAGGGCGAGGAUGUGGGGGUUGAAGAGGGGAAGAUUGGGGUUGCGUGGAGGGUGCUGGGUGGUGCUGGAGUGCUUGGGGGGGUGGGAGAUGGGAGUGAGGUAUUUGGGUGAGGGAGGUGGGGAGGGAGAGGAAAGGAGAGGGCAUGGACCGGACUGAGUGUGUGGUGGACAUGCGUCCGUACCAGACGCAGGGAUUGAAUAGUGGGAAACUGUCACGGACUGCUAUCUUUGCACUGAGUGUCGUACAGGAUACGCCAUUGAAGAA